AUGUCGCAAACCGCCCAAAAGCGAGCAGAAGAUUUCAAGCAGUUCAAGCACUAUGCUGCUCUCGCAUUUCUCGUCGCCGCGCCAGUGAUCAUUGCUUUACCUCCUCGAAAAUUCGAUCUCUACACUGCCUCGCUAGGUGCAGCAUUCAUCGUCUCCGCAAACCACAUCGCCACUGAACGAACAGGCAAAGGGAUCGUAUCACAUAUGGCUAGCUACUUACCAACAAAAAAACCAGGCAUAUUCAGAGACCUACCCACUGAUAAAGCCGAAGAGCUGAGUGUACGGAUGCAGCUUGCGAAGGUACAAGAGAGGGAACUAGAAAAGCUGAGAGGGGACGCGGUUGUUGAUGAAAAUGAGAUUGGUUUGAAGGGCGUGGCCAAAAAGAUAUGGAUGGGCAAUGAGACAGAAGGGUGGGAAGAGAGGAGGUUAGAAGAAGAGAGAAAAGCCCUGGCAGAGGGGAAAGGAUACGCUGAUUUAAUAUUGGACUACGUGAAAGAAGCCUGGAGGAUGGACGAGGGUGACAAGGAAGGAGUGAAAAACAAGGAAGAAGAGAAGGAUAAGACGAGGUAA